AUGUAUCGAUUAAUAAUACGUUCAAUAUUUAAUCAAAAUUUAUUUUUAAAAAGAUAUUCAUCAAAUUCAAAUAAUUAUAUUAAUGUUAAAAUCAUAGAUCGUGAUGAAAAAUUAAUUAAUGCUAAAGCUAAAAUAGGUUCAAAUAUGCUUGAUGUUGUUUUGGAUAAUAAAUUAGAUGUUGAUGGAUUUGGAGCAUGUGAAGGUACACUUGCUUGUUCAACAUGUCAUGUUAUACUUGAUAGUGAAAAUUAUAAAACAUUACCAGAACCAGUUGAAGAAGAAAAUGAUAUGUUAGAUUUAGCAUUUGGUUUAACACCAACAUCACGACUUGCUUGUCAAAUUAUUGUUGAACCAAGGAUGAAAGAUUGGGUUUUUGUUGUACCAAAAGAUAUAAACGAUCAACGUUUGGGUGUUACUCGUUUUUUAAAAGUAGCCAAAGCAAAAACAAGAAAUGGUUAUUGUGUGCUUAAAAUUUUUCAAAUUGUUGAUCAAUCACUUCCAUACGAUCAAUACAAAGCACAAAUACAAGAAAUCUAUUCAAUUCUUCAUGAAAAAGAAUCAUCACCUUCACCAUUAAAAAAUUGUCUACCAUUUCAAAUUGUUGCUAAAAAUGACCGUUCCAUUAUUUUAACACGUCCAUAUAUAAAAGAUAAUUUAUUUUAUCGUUUACAAACACGUCCUUAUUUAACACGUAUUGAAAAAAAAUGGAUUGCUUAUCAAUUAUUAAUUGCUCUUAAACAUAUACAUCAUGUUAAUAUAGCUCAUGGAGAUUUAAAAAUAGAAAAUAUUUUAUUAACAAGUUAUAAUUGGGUUUUAUUAUGUGAUUUUGCUAAUUUUAAACCAACAUUUUUUGCUUAUGUAAGUCAACAGAUUGUAAAAUUUUGA